AUUAUAUUCAUGCAGGAAUUGUGAAGAAUGAAAUCUUCCGAAGAAGUGUAUGCCUUGAUAACCCAUGUUCGACAUAAAAAAGUUGACGGAUCUUUAUACAUUAUGUCAGAGCGUAUGGCAUGGUCAAUGGAAAAAUCUCAAAAUUUUUCUGUUAGCUAUAAAUAUUCAGAUAUUAAAACUCAAAAGAUUUCGCCUGAAGGUAAGGUGAAAAUUCAACUACAAAUAGUUUUGCAUAGUGGGGAAACCUCCAAUUUUCAUUUCAAUUCUCCGGAGGGCACGGAAAGACAAUUACAGGAUCGACUGAGAGUCAAAGAUCUCUUGCAACAGUUACUGCCUCGAUUCAGGAAACAGGUCGAUGCUCAAUUGGAAAAAAAAAACUUGUUGUUACAAAAAAAUCCUCAAUUAUUUACGCUAUACAAGGAGCUUGUCGUUACCCAGAUUAUUACCCCCGAAGAAUUUUGGGGAAAUUACGUAUCUAAAUAUCAAAAAUCUUUGGAUAACGAACAACUGAAUAAGACAGAAAAUGUGGACUCAAAUAUAAUCCGAAGUCAUAAGCAAUUAAUAGGGGUUAGUGCCUCCUUCCUUUCCGACUUGACACCUCAAUCUGACGGCGCCAACGGAAUAAAAUAUAAUUUGACAUCAGAUAUCAUAGAUUCGAUAUUCAGGAUAUAUCCUUCAGUUAAACAAAAGCACGAGGAACAUGUGCCUCACGUUAUAUCGGAUAUAGAAUUUUGGACAAAAUUUUUUCAGUCUCACUAUUUUUACCGGGACAGAAAUCUAACGAAACAAUCGGCUAAUAGCAAAGACUACUUUUUUUCCGAAUGCCUCAGGAUUGACGAAAAAAGCGUCCAAGAAGAAAUCGAGAAAGGUGAACCCAAUCCUCUUUUAGAUUUAGAAAACUUUGAUGACGAAACCGUGUAUUCUGAACCCAUUUUCGAUCUCUACUCCGACAUAAACAAUCAAACACUUACUCUAAUCCAACGAUUCAAUCAACAUUCCAUUCUUCUUUCUCAGGCUACUUUACCAAAAAGAAAACACAUAUCCGAAACCGGAAUUAAUGUUAAUACCUCUUCAAAGAGGCUUGUAUCCGAUAAUGCUAUGUUAUCGACGCAGGACAUAACAAUUGUUAAUCAGGAUAUUAUCGAAAUGCCCACUGGAAAAGGAUCUAACCAUAAAAACAAUAUUAAGAACAUAUUAAAAGAAAAGCUAAGCUUAGAAUACCAAGAUCUCAUAAAAGGCGCUAACCAAAUUACAGAUACAAAAGAUCAACAAAAUAAUUUAGACAACCACGGUGAAAAACAAAUUUUUUUUAAGCUUAAUAGUCCAGAAGAAUUCUCUAGGGGUCCUAUUAUGGAUGAACCUAUAGUAAUGUCCGAUAAUCAAUAUCUAUCAGAUGCCAAAUACCUAGCAGAUUGCAGAGAUGCGGUUAAGCAUGCUUUGGACAAGUUAUCCAUUCAAUCUACGCUCGAUGUAAAUGUCCAGCAUCGACACAAGAUCUAUGUCCUAGAAGGGGGCACAAAACAAAUCGGAAAUCGAGGCCCUAAAGUUAACCAUGGGCCAUGCGGCCAACCAACAAGAGACCAACGAGAUCAGAACUCCAAAAUGGACCCCACAUUAACGACACUAACGAAAUAAUGCACAAGCUGUCGUCGGAUAGAGAUUGAUUUCUCUCUAUAGUGUACUAUCCUACCACCGUCUGCGCUAACGGUGGUCAGCGCGUCGUUUGGAAAAUUCCAUAAACUGCUUAGACUCAUGGGCCUCGAUACCACGGAUAGUUUGGAGGUCGAUCUACAAGCCAGAUUAAAUCUAUCUGCAAUUUUCAAGCCCACCCCUCCCAAUCACCAUUUACAAAGAAAAUCGCGUUGCUGGGAUUCUGUCCAAAGUUCGAUAAUCAGGCUAUCAAUGACCACGUAGGAUACUUCAAGAAUCGAUUCAUUCGAUUGGCCUCGAAAUACACCCCGAUUAUCAGCCAGUUGGUAGAAGCGGGAGUGAUCAAACAGAACGACACCACUGUCUGCUCACCAUUGUUCUUGAUACCCAAGCAAAACGGCACACCGAGGGUCAUAUCAGAGUUUUCAAAUGUACUUAGAAAUUUUAUCAAGUAUUCUUUUCGUCUUAAAACGAUCCCAAUGAUAGCCCCCAUGUUAGCGUUAGCCAACAAGGCUACUAAGAUCCAUUUAAAAUCGGCAUUCUAUUCAAUCCCUCUUGCGCAAAGCAGACGACGCUUCUUAGGAUUCGCCACGUCAAGCGCUAAAUAUCGAUACAAACCUUACCGAUGAAAGCAGGAUUCUUGCUGUAUGCCUUGCAAAAUGUUGUACUAGAUCUCUGUGCGAAGUCUUAAAAAUGCAAACUAUUCGGUAUUUCUGGAUGAUAUCAUCAUCUUCCAUUCCAUAAUCACGUAGUACUCCAAGAUACGAUAUCAUUUUUGGACAUGACAACAUGCGGGUUAGUGGUGAACUAUACAAAAUCGGUUCUGGUUCCUACAGGCGAGAUUACCUAUCUUGUCAUCGAUAUCAACUUUAUCACAAAGACAGCUUUGUGGACAGGGAGAACAAAGCUAGCGAUUUUGUCAAUUGAUAUUAUACAAGUAUUCUUUACAAUCGAUGAGUAUCGAGUGUAAUAUCGUUCUGGAAGUGUUAGGAAUACUUAAUCUUUACACAUACUCUAUAACCGGGCUAUAAAGGGUUUUCGCACCGUACUAUGCUACCAUGCUCAACAAUGAAGAAGCCCCACCGAUUGAAGGUAGUGGUCGCGAUAGCGACCCUGAUAAAACCAUUCCCCUUCCUCUUCCCAAUCAAUGUGGUGAUCCAUGUCGACGCGUCACCUACACACAUUGGAGUUGCGGAGGCGUUAGAGGACAAAUAUUCAUUUACCUUCAAUGAAGCAAAACACGCGCUUGGGAUACCAGACUUAGCAACACCGCACAUCAACCAGAUGGAGGUAUUAGCCAUCUGGGUGGGUUCUAAAUAUGGUCUCAACAAUUACAAAACGAUAUCCUCUCUCGUCACGGAUAGUCAAGUGGCCUACACGAUAGUGAAAUAGGGAGGGUCGAGGUCCCCAGCCUGUGAGCACUUGAUAACGAGAAUCAUGCUCUCUAUCGGGUUUUUGGAUUUCGUUCAUUUGGCAAGAGGAAACGAACAGGCUCAUAGCAUUUUCCAUGGCAUAGACACUGAAGGAUUGCCCAAGAUCGAGGACGCGUUUCUUUGGAUCAGAGCCUCAACUCCCAUCCAUCUGAUAGAUGAAGUCGAUGCUCUAAACGAUGAUGCAAUAGCAAGAGAGGGGCUUCGACCCAGCCAUAUUCGAUGAAACGUUGAAUGUGACGCUAUAUGACACUCCGGAGGACAAUACCGUUACAACACCCCUCCUACAUUAAUUGAUAGA